GCGCGCCGCCGGCGGCGGGGGGCGUGGGAUGGGGGAGGCGGCGGAGGGGAGCGCCCGCUGCCGCUCGAGCCAACCGCGCACUUCCGAAGGGUGUCGCGGCUGCGCUCCCCACCCGCGCCCCGGGAACUUCAAAGCGGCCCGCGCCGCCCGGCUGCGCUCUGGGGCCCCCGCAGCCCCGCACGGCCACCCGGUGGCCAUGACCCCAGCGCGAGGCUCCGCACCGAGCCUGGCCCUCCUGCUGGUGGCCCUGUCCGCCGAGCUCGCGGCAGGAUUGAAGUGUGUGUGUCUUUUGUGCGAUUCUUCAAACUUUACCUGCCAAACUGAAGGAGCAUGCUGGGCCUCUGUCAUGCUGACCAAUGGGAAAGAACAGGUGAUCAAAUCCUGCGUGUCCCUCCCGGAACUGAAUGCUCAGGUCUUCUGCCACAGUUCCAACAAUGUGACCAAAACCGAAUGCUGUUUCACAGAUUUCUGCAACAACGUCACACUGCAUCUUCCCACAGCAUCUCCCCGUGCCCCCAGACUUGGCCCCACAGAGCUGACAGUGGUUAUCACAGUACCUGUCUGCCUCCUGUCCAUAGCGGCCAUGCUGACUCUCUGGGCCUGUCAGGACUGUCAGUGCACGUCCAGAAAGACCAAGAGACAUAACGUGGAGGAACCGCUGGCAGAGUACAGCCUGGUGAAUGCUGGGAAAACUCUCAAAGAUCUGAUUUACGAUGCUACGGCCUCUGGCUCGGGCUCUGGUCUGCCUCUUUUGGUUCAAAGAACAAUUGCCAGGACGAUUGUACUUCAAGAAAUCGUAGGGAAAGGUCGGUUUGGGGAAGUGUGGCACGGAAGAUGGUGUGGGGAAGACGUGGCUGUGAAGAUAUUCUCCUCCAGAGAUGAAAGAUCUUGGUUUCGUGAGGCAGAAAUCUAUCAGACGGUGAUGCUGCGACAUGAGAACAUCCUUGGUUUCAUCGCGGCUGACAACAAAGAUAAUGGAACUUGGACUCAGCUUUGGCUUGUGUCGGAGUAUCACGAGCAGGGCUCCUUAUACGACUACUUGAAUAGAAACGUAGUGACCGUGGCUGGGAUGAUCAAGCUGGCGCUUUCCAUAGCCAGUGGCCUGGCUCAUCUACACAUGGAGAUCGUUGGUACUCAGGGUAAGCCUGCUAUUGCUCAUCGAGAUAUAAAGUCAAAGAAUAUCUUAGUGAAAAAGUGUGACACGUGUGCCAUAGCAGACUUAGGCCUUGCUGUGAAACACGAUUCAAUCAUGAACACUAUAGACAUACCCCAGAAUCCUAAAGUGGGAACCAAGAGGUAUAUGGCUCCUGAAAUGCUUGAUGAUACCAUGAAUGUGAGCAUCUUUGAGUCCUUCAAGAGAGCUGACAUCUAUUCUGUGGGGCUGGUUUACUGGGAAAUAGCUCGAAGGUGUUCAGUUGGAGGAAUUGUUGAGGAGUACCAGUUGCCUUACUAUGACAUGGUGCCUUCAGAUCCUUCGAUAGAAGAAAUGAGGAAGGUUGUUUGUGACCAGAAGUUCCGACCAAAUAUCCCCAACCAGUGGCAAAGCUGUGAAGCACUCCGGGUCAUGGGAAGGAUAAUGCGUGAGUGCUGGUAUGCCAACGGGGCAGCACGCUUGACUGCCCUCCGCGUGAAGAAGACCAUUUCUCAGCUGUGUGUCAAGGAAGACUGUAAAGCGUAACACCACAUGCAGGCAAAGAGAAACUGCUCACAGCUUUCUUCUGCGUGUCUUUGUGUAAAUGGUUUUGCUUUUUGCUUUUUUUUUUUCUGCGUUUUGUUUUUGUUCUACCUCAAUGAUGGUUCACCAGUGUUUAAGUGUCCCAAAGGCAGCAUGAAAAGAUAACUCUAAAGUUAAGCAUGGGCAGGUCUUGACUUUCCCAAUCUCCAUGUUGUCAUUAAUUUUAUUUUUAAAGGUGACACAAUUCAUUAUUGUUUUUUUUUUAUUUAAGGAGGAAGAUGUUAUGAGUAUAAUAUAAGCUUUGUAAAAUAGUAAAAAGCAAAUUUUUGUUUUACUUGAACCAAGAGUGUACGCGAAUGAGAUUAAAACAUUAAAAAUGUGAACUAGAGCAUAUUAUAGUGAAAUGGAACUUUGAAGCCUAGCUGGACCCUUGAAAAGUAAAUUUUGGUCAUCAUUUAUCUUCUGAAGACUGGAAAGGUGGAGGUCAUUGAUGAAGUGUGAAAGUGAGCCCACACUCUCAAUACUUUCUCUCCCCUCCCUCUUUGUCACUCUUCAUCCCUACUAGAGCAGUCCGUACAUAGUCUGAAAGCUAUUGAGCCAUUACUUCUGAUAUAUAUCAGAGGUCCCCGAUGUCUUGAACACUGUGAAAUGGCCAGAGUCACAGAGAUGGCCACAAACCCUGUGACAAUAAACACUGUGAAGUUUGCUGGCCGCUAUAUUUCCUUGAAUUCCCAUAGUACUUUUCUUCCUAAGUGGGAGCCUCUUCAGAUAUUUUAUUUUUAAUUUAGUCAUACAGAGAGUGCAUUGAGUAUUUUCUAAGACCAUAAUGAAUUUGCUAGAAUUUCAAAACCAAUCUAUUAGCAUUUCCUUAUAGACACAUCAUUGUUAUCCCAUUCAUUAAUUUAAAAAAAAUGUUUUCUGAACAUUGCCAAAGAUUGACCAAUUAUAAGCGCACAUUGUCUAAAGAUGUGUGUGUUAAGAUGUCAUCACUUUGGGGGUACAUAUUUAGACAGAAAUGUAAACAAGGAAAUGUUUUGAGAAAAAUGAAGAGAACGGUCCCAAAAGGGUAGAACAUUACUGCUAACAGAGAGGACCAAACUGGUUAUUAGAAGACAUUCCUGGCCUUUCAAGGGGGAAUGCAUGUGGAGAGAUUUGGAGGUUCUACCUCUUCUUUUUGAGGUACAGGUUGUUUAAAAGGACACCAGAUAUUUCCUUCAGAUGACUUCAAAUAUGCUUCAUUGAAAAUAAUUAACACGAUGUCUUUCAGACUUCUAAAACACCGUUUCCCCAGCCCCAUUCCUUAGAGCUCCCUUCUGCCUGUUUGUUCUUGAACAGAAGUACUCUCAGCAUUAUGAAUGGUGAAAUGUUAGCAUAUUCCAUUGUUUGAUGGUUCUGGCAUUCAUGAAAGACGUGUUACCCAGGUAUUUUUAAGGCCAAAUAUUUGGUUAUUCAUAGUGCAGACUUUCCAUUAUAGAUAGGGCGAAGUUUUACCAUCUGAAAUUUAGAUGUUCUCCCAACGUGAGCACUCAUGUUCUGAAGGCGACACCUAUGCUUUCCAUAAAAGGGCAAGGUGAUGUGUAGAUUUUACUUUGGAAAUGUGCUACUGGAUCCAUUUCCUUUGACUAAGUUGAUAUAAGAGAAACAAAAUGCUGUGAGAGCUCUGAGGGCUGCAGGCUCUUCCGUUCUCAGCCACACACCCAUCCAUUUAUAACGAUAAAGCACCCCAUGACUUGCUUGCCACAAUAUUGGGUACAAGAGGGAAUAAAAAGAUGGAUAGGUCCUGCCCUCAGGGAUUUUCAAGUCUAAUCUGGGAGUGAGAAAAGGCAUGUGCGUAAGAGGGAAGAAAGUAAAUUGACAGAUAAGAUAUGCAGUGGGAUGUCUUGAGUUCUGUGUGACAAUGGUUUCCAGAACAGGUCUGAAGCUCACUGCCAAUUUGCAACACAUUUAGAAGAGAUCUUUAUUUAGAUAUUAUAGUCUAAUUAUAUCAUCAGUAUCGAAAGGUGCGCCUACAUGAAUGGAUGUUAAAAAGAACUAUGUGAAGGGUGAGCUGGCUUGUGUUUAUCUUACUUCACACACUCCCUACAAGAAGGAAAUGAAUUAUUUCCUUAGAUGAUUGUAUGCAAAUCUCCAAUAAAAACCUACUAUAUCCUGUUCUGUUCACCACUGUUUAGUAAACAACACACUUACUAGAUUUUAAAGAGGGGGCGUUUUACUAUCUUUCUUUUUUGCCAUUAUGUUUUAUAGUUUAUUUGAGAGUAUACAGAUGUAACUUAUAUUUCUCUUGGUUCAGAUUUCACUGUGAAGAAAUCUUCAUAUUGGAUUGUUUUGAGACAUUUUUCCUGUUGUUCGGUUGUUGAGCUCUAAUUCCUAAGUGAAUAAUCUUAAAGAAAAGGGCAACAAAAGCAGAAGGGAAACAGUAGAGAUUGUAGUUUUUCCUUAACUCUUAACACAAUUUUACAUAGAAACUACUCAUUUAUUAAAAAAAAAAACUACAGGAAUAUUUAUAGCAUAUGGCAUAUUUACUGUAUAUACCUAUGCAGUUCAAUUUACUUUAUGUGUUUUUAAUGGAAUCUUAUGCAAUACUUGUUUCUUUUAAUUUUUGUUAUGAGCAUAAAUAUCUUCUUAGGCUAGGUGCAGAGUGACAUCACUGUUUUGCUCUGUGUGGAUAGUUUUGGCUCUGGGUAUAACACAGAGCUUAGGAAUGCUAUUAUGAAUUUUUAGUACUGUAUGCAGAAAUGAUGGGAUUUAUGCGUGGCAUCAUUUCUUGAGAUAUGAGACGCAUUAUUUGUUGUCAACAUUUGAGCAUGAAUUUGUUGCCUUAUAAGUCGUGUGUUUGAGUUUGUAAUCAGGACCGAUUCUGUUGUAUGCAUUCUUCCGUGUCUAAAAUAUUUGGCAUGUCACAUCUAGAAUUCUUAAUUUACGUUCUGCCUUGAGAGUUAAGUGAAACAUGACUGUCGUGCUCUAUUUUAAGCACAGCACUUGCUUUUCAUCUUUAUACUUUCAAUUAACUUUGCAUUUUAAAUUUCCAUAAUUGUAUGAAAAUAGUAACCUGAUUGCAAUGUCUGAAGAAUUUAAAAUCAGCUUUUAUUUUAAAAUGAAAAAUCUACAAUACAUUCAUUAGAUCAGAAGUUCCACAAUAACAUUAUUUUGAAUGCUUCUCUUAUUGCAGAAUGAUUAAACAAAAGAAAAGUCUACUGUCCUGCAAUUUUGUCACCCUGUGACUUACCAGGGCAAAGUAAACUCAGGGCAAUUUUGGAGUCUAAGCAAAAGUCCCAGGGAACUAUUUAGUGCAUUGCCUGAAGGCAGGGAGCAGGCAUCUGCCAUCAUACAAGGACCAAGAGAACAACUUGCAAUUACUUGGCAGGGAGUAGUUUUUGAUUGAUUCUUGAAAGUAAAGAUGAAAUUUUACAUGGCUAACUUAAUUCAUUUAAAAUGUAGAAAUUUUGAUUGCUGUCAAGGAGUUAGGGAACAAUAGCAAACAUAUCAGAGUUGGUAGCUGAGGUCUUCAAUAAUCACUUCCUUCACGUAACAUUGAAAACCAACAUUAUCAACUACUCGGAAAUGUUUAUGCUUAGUGUCUGAAAAUGAUGUUAGUGUAGUUUUUGAAGCUACUCUCUCUUGUCGCUUGUGAAAGGAAACAUUUCCACAGCUAACAACACUGUGUUCUAGCUCCAACUGCUGAUACUCGCUUGGAUUUUGUUCACUGUCUUAGUGAAGACAGUCAUAGUUUUAAGGGCUUUUAAUUUUUUUCUGCAUGAUUCUUUAAAACUAAACCAAAAAAAAAAAAAAAAGAAAAGAAAAAGAAAGGGAGAGAGAGAGAGAAACAGGAAAGAGAGGGAGAGAGACAGAGAGAGGGAGAGAGAGGGAGCAAGCUGAAGGAUGGAAGGAAGAAAAUCUAGAAUACAAAACAGUCAUUAAAAAUCUAAUAUUAAACAGAAUUUCUAUAGUGCACACAUUUUAUCAAAGUAUUCUAAUAUAACCUUUCUGGUCCUUGGCUUUAUUUUUGCCCUCUAGCUUUUUUAUGUUUCAUUAUUUUUCACCUACUUUUAAACUUAUUGCUCAUUCACCAUCUUCUAAAAUUACAGUUACUUCCUAAUUAUUUUUAAGCAUAGCUAUUAUUUAAAUUAAUCCUCAUAGAGCUGUACAUUUGUAAUGGAGAAGAAAUCCCUUAGUGAUCUAAAUUAUUUCAUAUGUGCCACAGUGCAAAAUGAAAAUGAGAACUUAAAAGUUAAAGAGACCCCGAGCCUCAUAGCUUGAUUCUGAUAUUUUGUAGAGGAAGAGACUGAAGAUCAGAUAUCGGAUGGCUCCUGCUGAUUGUAGAAACAGGGUGUCACCUACUUCUGCAGCCUAGCCCACAUUUAUAAAUGGAAAGAUCAAUCAGAAUGUAUCUAAAGCUGCCAUGUGCAUAUGUUAAUAUAACAAGCCAUUCAGUGCUGGUGGUCCAAUCCUACUUCUUGGUGGAUUUCCAGACAAAUAACUUGCUCAGGUCAAGGCCAGUAGGAAAAAUGAAAAUAGGCAAAGCAAGAAUUUAAAAAUAGUCAUCAAGCUAGGUAGAGAUGCCAUGGAGUGCUGAUAAAAUUGAAAAUGCAAUUAAAGAAGAAUUAAAUAAAUGCAAUUAAAGUGUGUGGAGGUUCCUGGUAGUGGCUGGAGAUGUGAGCAGUGGCAGAGGGCUUGCUGAGCUUGUGCAAGGACCUGGGUUCAAUCCUCAGCACUGAAAAGAGAAAGGAAGAAAGGGAGGGAGGGAGGAAGGAAGGAAGGAAGGAAGGAAGGAAGGAAGGAAGGAAGAAAGGAAGGUAGGAAAGAAGAAAGGCAAGAAAAAAAAACAUUCUUAGUAUGAAUAAUGAUUAGAGAGGCUUCCAGACCCUUUCCCCGCUCCUUUCCUGCAUAUAUUGUUCUUUUCCCUUGUGUGUUGGAGUGGGUACAAGGUGACUUGGUACAUGAACUGGGGACCCUGUUUAAUGCCAUUUAUAUACUCUUUCUCUCAUUAGUUUUGUCUUUGGCACCGUUUCCUUCAAGUGGCAGAUUUCUGAGUCCGGCAUCACUCCACACCUCUGUCCUUUCAUAUAUCUGAGCCCUGUCCGGACUGUUACACACUAAACUUCUUAACAAGGUUUUAAUUUCCCCACCGUGAGUAAGAGGUUUCGCCUCAUCAGCUCCCUGGUGAUUAUUCUCUUGACACUGGGGAGAGGGCUUUGUUAAUGACAGACACGACUUUCUCUUAAACUUUAGUCAGACUGCCUGGUUGUAGACCAGCUUUUAGCUAACAAGUGAAGAAUGCCUGCUUCUGCCCUACUGCUGAAUUCCAACUAAGCAGUGACUUGAACAAAGACUGUGAAAUACAUGUCUCAGAAUGUGAGUGCUCGAGUUACUCCUGCGAUGACUGGUGCCGUUGGAGAUUGUUUUACUUCUGCCAUCCUUUCAACAUUUUUAUUUAUUUCUCUUUAUGUGUGACGGGUGUUUUGAUCGAAUGCGUGUCUGUGUAUCGUGUGCAUGUCCAGUGCGUGAAGAGGCCAAAAAGGAAGAGUCCGAUCCCCCUGGAACUAGAAUUACAGAUAGCUGUGAGUUGCCACGUGGGUGCUGGAUACCAAACCUUGGUCCUCUGGAAGAGCAGCAGCCAGUGUUUCUAACUGGCCAUCUCUCCAGCCCUGCUUCUCCAUGUUUUUAAGACUAAGCCUUGUGCCAUGCUCUUUGGAACGUACAUUAGACUGAAAUGAGGUAACCAUCUUCACUUUAAAAUUUGUUAUUGAUAGCUGCCAGGAUUCUUCUCUAGUUAGUCGUAAAAGAAUGUAACAUUUGGGAGAAUGUGGGCUCCAGCUCAUCCUCAC